GGCGAUCGGUGGGACCCAUCGUCAUUGCACUGUCGAACCGCGAACAGGUUGGACCCUGGUCACCAGAUUAUGAUAAGUGUUAAAGUCCAGACACCAUGAGGUACUCCAAGGCGAUCCUGUUAUGGUGCGGCCUGCUCAUCCGCGUGGUCUUCCCAUUAGAAGUUCACCAGGAUGUUGAGAAGCAUACCGAAAUCAACGUCGAAUCAGAAUCCGUCAGGGGCAGACGAGGUGUAAUAGAAGAAGAAAAAUAUUACAACAUGCAAUCCCAUCGACAGGAAACAAACAUGAACAUGAACCAACCUUGGAUACCUGGUCCCUUACCUCCUGAAGAUCCUACCACCAAAAUAUCCAUCACCAAUGAGGUUAAAGAAGUCCUUCCUCUGUAUCAGACCACAGAGAGAGUGACUGACAAACCUACUGGUCGGGGUGCAAGAGCUUCUAACGAAAACUGGAUCAAACUCCCUCUACCUGGCCGAGAUGAGCUUCAAAGAGAUCAGAGAGACCAAAGAGACCAGCAUGACCAAAGGGAUCAGCGAGACCAAAGGGAUCAGAGAGACCAGAGAGACCAUAUCCUAACACCCCCUCAACCAUCAGGAGAUCUGAUAAACUCUAGAAUGCCCAGAGUCAAUUUUGUUACUCAAAAUAAAGCUCUAGAGGCUUCAGAGUCUCGUAACGACAAAGAAUCUAUUCAAAGAAAGACAAGAACUGAUGAACUGCGAACUGAAUUCGUAAGACCUGAUGAGGAUAGAGACAGGAAUAAUUACAAGCCAGUGUUUCCACGUCAAGCUAUUUACAAUCCUCCUGUAGCUGAAGAAUCAAGAAGGUACUUCUACGACGGUAGGUAUUACCCAAUAACUGAUGAUCUGUACAGGCGAGACCACUUCUAUGAUAUGAUGGAUAGAAGACGAUAUUACCCGUACUUAGGUACACGUGUUGACAGAUUUGAUGACUAUGACAACAUGGUACCCAGAAAACCUAAACGAAUCAUUUACUAUGCACAUUUACCCGAAGUAGUCCGCACUCCACCUAGCGUUGAUUUAAGAUACAGAUACUCUGUAGACCCUUACAGACGCUAUGAAGAUGAGAUGUAUGCAAGCGGUAGGAAUGGAAGAUACGAUUAUAGAUUUAGAAGUAGAAACCCUGUCAUUUAUGCUCCGCUAAGGAAAGAUGAAAGGAACUACAGAGAUCUGGCCGGAGCCGGAACUGUUGCCAAGGAUAAGAAAGUAGAAGACAAAGUUACACCUAUUCCAAUAUUACCACAGAAAGAGGACAAGUUCAAGACGAACAUGAACGCUAACAGAAAUCUGAUAAACAGCCAUCAGUACCACGAAAGUGCUGAUACGUAUAACGAGCCAAUUUCUCACAAAACUUUCCCAGUUGUUGCUCGACCUGAUGAUGGAUAUCUUCGCUUUGACGAGCCCCUGUUCCACGGACCAAUCGAUGAACCCUAUCAGAGAAAAUAUUGAUCCUCUGUGCAAAAGCCGUUUGUGGCUCGUUUUUCAAAAUAAACCAUUUGAAAAAAUAGCCACAAACGACACCCUAUGUUUGAGCUAUUAACUUUUGAAAGCAUUUAAUAUCGAUGUAGUAUUUAUCUUUAGUACAAUCCUGUAAAAUAAAAUGAAGAUUCUUCGUACAACUACAAUUUUUAUUUGUGUCACUAAUAAACGUAAUAACUGA